AUGGACGAGAAAAUGACCUUCAGUAAACACAUUGAUGCAAUUGAAAAGAGGGCAAACCGUAAUUUAACUAUUCUGAGAGAAGUGAGACAGAUCAGCAAAUUAAAGACAGAAAAGAUAUUACAAUUAUACUACAGUCUAGUCAGAUCAGUCAUGGAAUAUUGUAGUCCGGCAUGGCAAAUAGCAGAACCAAAAGACCUGCAAAAACUUGACAGAGUACAAAGAAAAGCACUUAUCCUAUGCAUGGAUAUGCCUACAACAUCUGGCAGAGAAGCACUAGAAGUAGAAUCAGGAGUUAUGCCAAUAGACCUGAGGCUAGAACAAAUAGCCAUUAAAGAUAUUGCAAAGAUUAAAUCCAAAUCUGCACAGGAACCCAUCAAACAGCAACUUGUGAGGUAUGAAGAACAUGACGCAUAUGACAAGUAUCCAACACCAAUGUGCAAAGCACUAAGCCAAGCAGCAGAAAUGGAAAAACAGACAAAGAUAAACAUCGAUCUCAUUGAACCAGAGUUUACCUACAGACUGGGAGAAACUUAA